CUACACCCAUUUGCAUUUUGCUGACCCUUUUUCAUAUUUGUUUUCGCAAGAUGUUGACAGACGCCUCACAGCAGGAGACUGUGGACAGUGUAGACACUGUGGAGAGUGUCGAUACUGGGGAUCAGCCCUUGCCCUCCUCCACUUCUGACGCUGGGACACAGUGUUCUUUGAAGCCCCCCCGAUGGUCUCACGCUGUGCAGGUUAACCUGAAGCCCAAGAUGGUCAGCGUGGGCACACAGACAUCAUUCGGCACACAAACCUCCACUCCCUUGCUAGUCCUGAACAGACAAAUGAAGAUGAUGAUAAUGCCUCUGUCAUCAGUGACUUAUCGUGGGUGCCCGAAGAGCCGAUGCAUGAGGAGGACUUGUUUGAUGAGGAGCCACCUUACACGUGUGACCCCCAUCACAAUGGCAUUGACAAAUUCAUUGUUUGCCAAGAGGAGCUGAUGGGCCUUUUUGUCAUCUGUCCGGCCUGUUGUGAGAGGUCAGAUAGUAGCAUCGUGCAGCAGGAAGGAACUUUUCUUAAGAUCAAGCAGGUCUGUGCAUCAUGUGGCUACCACCGUUUCUGGCAAAACCAGCCAAUGCUCCACAGGAACAUGCCGACCUGCAACCUCCUGUUAAGCGGGGCCAUUCAUUUCACUGGAUGUUUGGCCACCCAGACAUUAAGAAUGUUGACUCUGUUUGGCCUGCAGUGCAUCAGUGCGAGCAGUUACUUUCGCCAUCAGCGCGCUACACCAUCCCUGUAAUCGUUCAGGCCUGGCAAAACGAUCAAGCGAAGAAUUUUUGUGACCUACGGGCAAUGGAUGGCGGGCUAGUUCUUGCUGGUGACUGCAGGUCAGAUUCUCCUGGGCACUGCGCGAAGUAUGGAUCCUACUCUCUGAUCGAGGACAGAGUGAACAAGGUGGUGGAUGUUCAGCUUGUUCAGAGCUCAGAGGUCCCCAACAGCUCAUGGUGUGAGCUUGAAGGGCUCAAGCGCAGUGUUGGCCUGCUGAGGGAAAGGACCUGCAUUUAGCAACGCUGAUCACGGACUGUCAUCGCCAGUUUGUUUAUUUCUCCUUAGGUUGCCAAAUGGGUGAGAGAGUAGCUGAGCCCUGAAGGGACAUGGCAUUAUUUUGAUGUGUGGCACAUUGCCAAAAGUCUGGGGAAGGCAUUGGAUGCAGCUUCAAAAGAGUGUGACCAACUACAGCUGUGGAGGCCUGCUAUAGUGAAUCACCUCUAUUGGACUGCAGCCUCAACCCCAGACGGCAACCCAGCAGUCAUGGAGGCUAAAUGGAAAAGUUUAGUCAACCACAUCCAGGACAUCCAUGACCAUGACACCCCUGCUUUCUCCAGUUGUGCCCAUGGCCCUCUAGACGGGGAUCAGCGCAACAAAGAGUGGCUGGACCCAGGCUCAUUGGCAGCAGUAAAGUUGGAGAACAUAAUCACGAGGACUGCCUUACUGAAAGAUGUUCGACAGCUGUCUCCACAGCAUCAGACAUUCUCCCUUGAGGCUUACCACUCCCUCAUCUUGCACUUCGCACCCAAGCACACAGGGUUUUCAUACGUUGGGAUGUAUAGCAGGCUUCUCUUAGCGCCGCUGCAUUACAAUCACAAUGCCAACCGCGAGACAGCACGGAAAAGUGAUGGGAUGGAGAAGUACUGCGUGCGGUAUCCACGCUUCAGAAAAGGUGCCCAUGUGGUGCGUCCCAUCAAAGAGGCAGCCUCAUACGGUUAUGCAACAUCAUUGAUGAAGGCCCUUCAGGAAAGCUACACCCAUUCACCUGCAGCUUUUCGAGAGGUUAGCACUAAUUUGUCCUCCGAUGCACCCACCCCCAUCGCUAAAUCCUUCGAACAGGUUCCUAAGGAGGAGGCCGUCAGCCUCUUCCUAGCCCGGCAGUCACGCUACAAGAGAACCUAAAUUCACAUUAUUAUUAUUAUUUUUUUCCACAGACAAGUCCAAUGAUUUAGUUGUAUUUAUUUUAGUUGUUAUUUAUCUUCUUUCCUUCUGUCCCUGUCAUCUCAUUUGGUGGUGGUUUCCUGUAUUCUGCAUGUUUUGUGUGUUGUUGCUUUGGUUCUCUUACGAGAGGUUCUCUCGUACUGCGUAAGCUAGCUUACGC